AGAUGCUUCCCACCGCCUUUCUCUUAAUUGACCACUCUCCCCCUAAUCGGUUCUCUAGGUAAAUGUAUCUUCUACCUCAUCUAUAUCCCUCUAUCUCUUCCGAUUUUCACCAGGUCCUUCGAUUGGAAUUGUGUUACGUUAUUUGUAACUCGAUUCCAUAGGAAAAAGCUUCAAGAUUGAUUCGAAUCGAAAGGACCUGGUGAAAAACCCGUCACAGCCUCCGCUCCUUUCCUCCAAUCAUUACACUCCACCGCUCUUUCACCUAAACCCUACCCCUCCUCUUUCGCUCUUUCGCCUCCUUGAAUCAAUGGAAAGCAGGUCGCAGGGUAGACACCUUCUCGCAACCACCAUCAGAUAUCGAGCCUGGAAGGCAGCGAAAGGCAAUCGACUAAGACCGUCGACUGCUUCAAUAUGCUUGAUUUUAUCCAUUGUUCAGGGGGAAAAAGAAGCAAAGAUGACAGAGUUCAGGUAUGUCGAUUUAAGGUUUGAAGAUGCACAUCAAGUGCUUGGUGAAAUUCUUCAAAGAACCUGUAAGAUUAGUUCUACUCCAUCAUCGACUACACAAGAUUCUUUGAUAUCUUGUUCGAUAUACAGGGUUAAUUUUUUCCGUUCUGUGAUGUACAUGUCGUCGGAGAUGAUGAAGUGAAAAGUCUUCUGGUGAAUUUCAUUCCUGUUCGCUCCAACUACCACAACAACUAUGAACUUAUAUGGGUCUCAUCUGUGCCUGUCUACAUCAUCACUACAAAAAGAUUGAAUAAAACUCGCUACCAAUUUUGGUCUACCAGGUGCUCGAUAUAAUGUCUAGUAUAUGGGUGAGUCAAGUUUCAAUAAAGGAAAAGGGGGUCAACCUAUAAGUAUAUCAGACUCCCAGAAAGGGGAUCUCAUGAUGAUUUAGAUGGAGCUCCUUCUUCACUGGUGAUGGUAACUUUGUUUGUCUAUUUAGGCAAUGUACUAUUGUACUUUGAAAUGGUGUAAUCUAUACAAGUUUCGACAGAAGACUAUGGCAUUCAUGAUCAGAUCAAUCCAUAAGAGGAUCGCAAUUUACUAACCUCUGAUGAAAAAAACAUCCGAUGAUUAGAUAAACUUUCCUUUCCAAUAAAUAAAUGAAUAAACCAUGUACUGUUACCACCUUUCGAUAGUGGUUUAAUCCAAAUCCAUCCUCCGCUAUGCGGGCGCUCUUUUCUGG